GAUUAUUGAAAAAGUCAUAGUUGAACUGAUCCGAGCUCACACCAUCGAAGAAGCUAUCGAGAAAUUUGGAUUCGUUGUCAUCGAGGAUAGAGGGACCUGGGGCAGGCGCUGUAGGUGAAGGGAAGGGGAAGUUGGAGCCAGAGGUGUCGAAGGAAUCUGCGGCAGAGUCAGCGGAUGUCUCCCAGUGCUUGUGCAACGGAGACCAACAGCCAAAAGGCAUCUCGAGGUUCGGUGGUUUCGAUGAACCCAUACUGGGACGCUGAACCGCGAGCAUGAGUGCCGUAACGCCGAGUUGCGAGGAAACUCAAUGACCCCACCACGCUGUAUUCGUGUCGUCGUUGCAAACGUUCAACGGCGACGUCGUAUCUCGUCCCCCAUAAAGAAGCCUCUUCUGUGCGGUGGUACUUGGUUCCGCAAACUGACAGGACGGCGGGGGGCAAGUCUCCCAGGCCACAGGAGUCUGCGUUCGAACGUAGACGUUGCCAGCGGCCAGGACAAUUCGCUGCACGUAAGGUUGCGAGCUUCUUGGAGCUCGAACUUUGGGCAGUGGGGAUGCAAUAUGGCGGCGCGGGUAUUCGAGAUCGCGGGUAGGCAGGCAGGCAGGCAGGCAGUCAGGCAGUCGGCUGACUGGAGGAGGGGAGGGGCGCUUUCGGCGAGAUUUAAAGACGGUUUGGUCGAGACUUCAACAGUUCCCAACAAUUCUCAAAAACGAAAUCCAGAGCUGCGGGAUCUCCACAAGUUGUGCGUAUGCAUAUAUGCAUAUAACGAAGCUCUCGUAUGGCCCAGGGCUGGAGCCUUUGGCUAGUGCUGGUCGGCCUGGUGGGUUGAAGUUGAUGUUCACAUGCAAAUCUUCCAGCAGCUGGAGGCUGGAGGCUGGAGCCGUUGCAGAGCAGAAGGGGGGAGGGGAGGGAAGGCCAAGCGUGGGCCUGUU